AUGCUUGAUAGAAGGGAAGUUAGCAAUAGUUGGUUUGAACUGUUGAACAUGCUAUAUAAUAUUGGUCUGUGGUACAUGAAACAUGCCGCGGCACUCUGCCUCAAAGAAAGUGUUUCUGAAGAUCAGGCCAAAGAAGUUCACAUGUGUCUCAGACAAGCAGCUGGCAUCUUUAAUUACAUUGAACGCGAGAAAAGCAAAUGUAGUCAAGACUUUGAACCUGGCUCAGACUUUGACUCUGACGUUUUACAAGCCUAUUCCUCCCAAUGUUUGGCAGAAGCUCAAGAAGUUGUUGUGGUGAGAGCAAUCGAGCUGAAACACAAACCUGCCGUUACGUUUUCGGUUUCGUUGGAUACUGCCCGUCGUUUCUCCGAAAGUGCUGAACGUCUGAAAGCAAAGGAUAUGACCAAGUUCGGAAAAUGGUAUCUGUACUUGAUGUUAAAAAACGAGCUGUACUUAGCUUACGCGUUCACGUUUUUCUCUGACUCUUUGCUGGCAGAAGACAGAUGCGGUGAAGCUAUUAGGACUGUCAGAGAGGCCCAUUCAAAGCUGGACAAAGCCAUUGCCCUUUCCGUUGAAUACAAGAAGGCCAAAGGCGCUUCAAGUGCGCCGGUGAAGAUCGAUGAGCACCAUUUCGUGCAGAGGCUUAGACCUAUCCUGAAAAGAAUGACCGACAAAUGCAAUCACGAAAACGGCAUCAUCUACCACCAGAAGGUGCCGAUGGAGCUACCUGAUUUCGAGUUGAAGCCUCUGUUUGGAAUCGCUGAAGCGGUCGAUUUUGUGUUACCGUCAAAGUCUGCUCUGUGGACUGCUGAGGCUUAUGCCGGUUUUGACAUAUCCAAGGCCCAAAUGCCUGACUUUUCAGUAAGAUCUGGACAGAUUUGCGUGUGCACCUGA